AUGGGUGCAUCGCUGAGCAGUGAGGGGGAGCCUGGCGGCGUCAUCACUGUGCAGCAAACUGGAGCAAUUGGUCCUCAGCAAGACGACGAAGCCUACUUGCGGCAGCUGGCCGAGCUGCAGCACUCGCUUCCCAUCCUGCCCGACAGUGUGGCAGAGCCCAGCAGUAUAUGGGCCAAGACUCUUGGGGGCUCGUCCGCUGCAGGCGCCAGCACCAAGCCGCUGCAGCAGCUGGUGGCCGAUUACCAGCGUUUCACCCGCUGGCAUUGCAGAAGGAUUGUGGAGCAGCAGGAGAAGCUGAAUGCGGGGAUACCCAAGUUGGAGCAGCAGGCAGAGUGGGUGCAGCAGCGGGCGGCGGAAUCGUGCCGAAAAAUGCUGGCGGCGCAGGCCAACCUGGCGGGGGUGGCUGAUGUGCAGCGUGAGCUGGAGGAGCUGACGUCCCGCCUGCAGCGGGUGCAGCAGUCGAUGGCAGAGGUGGAGCGGCUGGUGGCGGCGCAGAAGCAGCAGAAGCAGCGGCAGUGGGGAGAGCAGCGGCACGAGCAGCAGGAGCAGCAGCAAGCGAAGCAGCAGCAGCAAGUGGUGGAUCAGCAGCCCACCACGCAGCACAUCUCUGCUUGCUGA